UCAAUUAGAAUUUUUUUGCAAGUAGUCAAAGGAAACCCUAUCCAUUGUCAUUCCACAACAAUCACAAUGGCAAUCAGAUCAUCCGUCCAGAAAUUCAUAGAACAGCGUAUUGGCCUUUGGAUUAAAAAGUGGUAGAAUGCAGUUAUUGAAAGGUCCACUCUGGUCUCUAAUAACAACUGCACAAAGAAAAAGUCGAGUGUUAGAUUUCAAAAGAUUUCCAGACCAAAAUCUCUUUACACAAACUCAACUUGAAGUAAACGAAGAAGAAACGUUCAAAGUUAGACAAAAUCAACCAACAGUCGAACAGGCCAACUCAGUUGUUGACGAGACUUCACUUGACGAAAGAACUAAAACAAAAUCCCGCAACAGUCAUCCGACAACUCACUCGAAUCAUUCUGAGAGUAAUUUAAAGCUAGCUUAUGAUAAAAACCAACAAUAUGAUGUUGAGACGGCACUAGGUAUGGUGAAGGAGUCAAGUAACGCUGGUUUUGAUGAAACUAUCGAGGCUUGUUUCUCGUUGAAUAUUGACGAUCGUAAACCAGAACAACGGAUAAAGGAUAAGAUUUUGUAUCCAGUAUCACCAAUAAAGCACACACUUGUUGCGGUGUUUACAAAGGAUCCUCAGGAAAUCGAAGCUGCCCAAGAAGCAAAAGCAGACUAUAUUGGAUAUGAAGAGUUAUUGGAACGUAUCAAGAAAAGACGCUUCAAGUUUUAUUGGCUUGUUUCGACGCCGUCAAGUGUAAAGGGCCUUAGUUCGGUUUCGAAAAUAUUAGGACCACGAGGAAUGAUGCCGACAGAGAAAAUGGGAACUCUAACUGUAGAUAUUGACUUGACAGUGAGAGAAUUGAAAAAGGGCUAUCUACGGAUUGAGAACGAUCCGGAUAGUAAUGUACAUUCAGUUUUAGGGAAGAAAAGUUGGUCGACAGAGUCAUUGCUAACCAACUGUUGCUAUCUUUAUGAAUUCCUGUCGAGUAAGAAGCAUCGAACGAUAAAGAAGAACUAUUUUAUGGGUUUGACACUAUCGUCUACGAUGGGUCCAGGUAUUCGAGUGGACUUGAAUUCGAUUCGUGACCUUGUGAAUAAGAAUCAACAAGAUAAGACGAAACACAGUUCUACUGAAAUAUCAAUGCCUGCUUAGAGCGGAACCUACAACUUUCUUGUACUUUUUGAGCAGGACUAGAAUGCGGUGUCUAGAAAAUGUGUUGAUAAGAUGCAGAAAUGGGAGUUGU